AUGUCGUCAAAGUCUGUUAAAAUCGCUAAAAAGCCAAUUGAAACUAAAGUUAUUGAUAAUUCUACUGAUACUUCCAGUGAUGAUUCUGAUACAUCUAGUUUUGUGAUGGUAAAGAAGGCUGAGAAAAAGCUUGCAAAUCUUAAGAGUAAAGGCGAAAAUAAGGAAUCUAUCCACAAGAAAAUCGAGCCAAAAAAUAUGAAAGCUCAGGAGUCUUCUACUGAUUCUUCUUCGGGAUAUUCUUCUGAAUCCGAAGUUGAUAACAAGAAAAGUUCUAAAAAAGAGUCAAAGCCCAACACUUUAAAGACUGAAGUAAAAAAGGCAGCUUCUAGCAGCUCAUCUUCUUCCUCUGACUCAGAUUCUUCUUCAGAGGAUGAAAAGCCAAAAAAGAAUGCCAAGGCAGCUGCUCCAAUGAAAAAAAGCAUCUCUAACAGUUCUUCUUCCUCCUCUUCUGAUUCAGACUCAUCAGAUUCUUCUUCAGAGGAUGAAAAACCAAAGAAGAAUGUAAAGGCAGCUACCCCAAUGAAGAAAAACAUCUCCAGUAGCUCCUCUUCCUCUUCAGACUCAUCAGACUCUUCCUCAGAGGAUGAAAAGCCAAAGAAGAAUGCCAAGGCGGCUACUACUCCAAUGAAGAAAAACAUUUCUAACGGUUCUUCCUCUUCUGACUCAUCAGAUUCUUCUUCAGAGGAUGAAAAGCCAACAAGUACAAAAACAGCUGCACCAAUGAAGAAAAACAUCUCCAACAGUUCUUCCUCUUCCUCUUCUUCCUCUUCUUCCUUUUCAGACUCAUCAGAUUCUUCUUCAGAGGAUGAAAAACCAAAGAAGAAUGCCAAGGCAGCUACCCCAAUGAAGAAAAACGUCUCCAGUAGCUCCUCUUCCUCUUCUUCCUCUUCAGACUCUUCGGAUUCCUCUUCAGAGGAUGAAAAACCAAAGAGUAGUUCAAAAGCAGCUACCCCAAUGAAGAAAAACAUUUCCAACAGUUCUUCUUCCUCCUCUUCUGAUUCAGACUCAUCAGAUUCUUCUUCAGAAGAUGAAAAACCAAAAAGUAGUGCAAAAGCAGCUACCCCAAUGAAGAAAAACAUCUCCAGUAGCUCCUCUUCUGAUUCCUCAAGCUCGUCAGAUUCUUCUGAAGACGAACAAUCAAAAAAGAAUGCAAAACCAGUAGCUACUGUAAAGAAAAGCAUUUCCAAAAACUCUUCUUCAUCAUCUUCGGAUUCAUCCAGUUCAUCAGAUUCUUCCGAAGAUGAACAACUAAAGAAGAAUGUAAAGGGACCUACCCCAAUGAAGAAAAACAUUUCCAGUAGCUCCUCUUCCUCUUCUGAUUCAGACUCUUCGGAUUCCUCUUCAGAGGAUGAAAAACCAAAGAGUAGUUCAAAAGCAGCUACCCCAAUGAAGAAAAACAUUUCCAGUAGCUCCUCUUCCUCUUCUGAUUCAGACUCAUCAGAUUCUUCUUCUUCAGAGGAUGAAAAACCAAAGAAGAAUGCAAAGGUUGCUGCCUCAGUGAAGAAAAACAUCCCAAGCAGCUCUUCUUCUGAUUCAUCCAAUUCAUCAGGGUCUGAUAGCGAUAAAGACGAAAACAAAAAGAUUUCAAAUCCUGUACAGUCAUCAGAUUCUUCAUCUGAAUCCGAGGUAGAGAUGAACAAGAACAAGAGAAAAGCAGAAAACGAGCUUAACAAUACUAAGGCCAAUAAGUCCACAAAAAAUGAAAAUCAAAAACGUUCUCACCAAGCAAAUGAUGAUAAUAAUCAGCCAAGAAAGAGACAGAAUACAAAUAAUAAGGAUGCUAGAGAAGUAUAUUGUGGUAACCUUCCUUAUUCUUGUACUGAAGAUGAAAUUAGAGAUUUAUUUGAAGAAUGUGGAACAAUUGAGAGAGUAUCAGUUCUUUCUGAUAAGGGAUGCGCCUUUAUUACAUUUGAACAAGAGGAAGGAGCCAAGUCAGCAAUACAAUGGAAUCAAACUGAAUAUAAAGGCAGGAUGUUGAGAAUUAAUAUGUCAGCAGACAAACCACAACCGGGAAGUUUGUCAAGUGGUGGAUAUGGCCCUUCAGUCAUUGUAAGAAACAUUCCAUUUUCAAGUGAUGAUGAAUCUAUCAAAUCAUUUUUCAAUGGAUGUGGCGUAGUUAAGAGAGUCUCUAUCCCAAGAUAUUCUGAUACUGGAAAGAUGAGAGGUUUUGCCAUGGUAGAAUUUGAAAAUGAUGAGCAAAUUCAAAACGCUCUUAAGUUAUCAGGUACUUCUAUGAAUGGAAGAGAAGUAACUAUUGAAAUUGCUUUAGGAAAGAAUAAUAGCGGUGGUGGAAGAGGUGCUGGAUCAGGUGCAGGACGUGGGGGUGCAAAUAACAGACCCGGAAAAAGUAAUUCAUCUACAACUUUUCAAGGAACAAGCACCACAUUUGACGAUAGCGACUAA